AUGUGGAGUGAUCUCCAGUUCCAGCAGUCAGCGGAAAUCUGCCAUGCAUCUGAAAUCCUAAAGAAGAGUGAGGGAGAAAGUAAGCGACAGAAAGCGGAUUUGGGGGAGAAGGGCUGCUGUCAAGCGGGCGCUGGAUCCCCAGCGCCAUCGGGUGCCGCGCGCUUGGCACGGGCUGCGCGAGGACCGCCAGGACCGCCCGGCCCGCCCCGGCCCGCACCUGCCGCCCGCACUCACCUCGGCCUCCGCGGCGCCGGCCGGGGGCGCCGAGCGGGCGGAGCGCGCGCCGCAUCAAGCGCGGCGGGGCGGCCGGGCGCGCAUGGCCCGCGCUGCGGCCUCGGCGGCCCCCGGGCAGGGGCGCUUCUCCGCGGUUGGCGGCGGCCGAGGGCGGCUCGGGGACAUCCGCUGGGUGCGCGCGGCGCCCGCUCCACAGCACCGUCCCGUCCCGGUCGUCAGGCGCGCGGCCCGGCGUCGUCCCGGGCUCUCGGGUCCCCGCAGGUCCGCGUCCCCGCAGUCGCCACGCCGGCUGCAGACGAGCAGAGACAGAAACACGUGAGUCCCUCGCCAGCCCGGGACGCUGUCCUGCUCGCCGUGAUGGACAGCCACGAACCCCGGACACACACGGCCGUGCACGUUUUGCCCCCACGGAAUGCCCCGCAGACCAAAGCGCGUCCGAGCGACGCGUCUGCGCGAGGCAAGCCCGCACGCAGGGACGGGAAAAGUCAGGUCUGGCACGAGCGCCCGGCGGGUCGGUCGCCAACAAUGCGCACAGACACGCGGGUGCGCGGCGGUGCCAGCCCGCGUUCGCACACGCGUAACUCGCUGCCUGGCUACGGAACUCGCUGCAGGGCCGACCGCAGAGCGCCGGGCACAGACCUAGAGCCAGCUCAGAAAACGUCCAGCUCCUUGAAAAUAAAGUAAAAUAAAGCACCAUCCUCACCUGAUCUUGCCAGGUCCUCGGCCGGAGGGGAAGGCUCUUACCUAGUGCAGAGCCUGGGGCCGGCCCUCCCGGCACAUGCACGCCGCCCGCAGCCGCUCCUUAGCCCGCAGAGCUCUGGCUGCGGGGCCGCCGCAAACCCCUGCGUGCUGAGCACUCGCGCGCGGGCUCCGCAGCAUUUCAGCGUCGCCGCCACCUCCACCUCCACGCCGGGACCCGCCCCCGGUGAUAUCAUGUGUCAAUCACGCGGGCUGCGCGAAAACCCGGAGCAGGAUUUGAGCGGUCGUGGAUGUGGACUCGGGGACGCUCGAACAAAGUCGAUUGCCUGCAGGAGCCCUGGGAGCGCAACUGGGGAGGAGCGGCCGUUCCAGGGCCCCCUGUCAGUCGUGGGCUGUCAGCCUCCGAUUUAAGGGGACUGGUGGAGCCACCCUUAGAGUUGAGUUUAAAAAGAGUUGUGAAGAACAUUUAAAAAACAAUAUCAAACCAACAACAACAACAACGGGGGAAAAAAAUUGUACACCAUGACACGGUGCCCCCAGAUAAAGGGGAAAAGUGCAAAGUUCAGAUCGUGCGAAAUAUGAAAUUUUCAGAAAGGACAGUCACUUUUGCAAAUGUAAUAUAAUUACACACUAAAGGGUGGGAUUUCCUGCUGUGGGGUUUUAGUUGAUUGCUCCAUUUGGUUUGUGAUAUGAUCCCUAAAAUUACAUGGGGGAGGGGGAACUCAAGUCCUUCCUGUUUUGUAAUGUUUGUAUAAUUUUGUCCAAAACACCAAUGCAUUUUUAAUGAAGUAAAAUAAGCAUAACUCAUCAGGAAGUUUUAGCUUUAGCCACACGUCUGUCACGGGGUGGGGGACUUUAGUAAGCCGGGAAUGCUUUUUGCUUCUUUACAUACUAUGGAAUUUGAUUAUUUAUUAUAGGGACGAUAUAGCUCAGGAUGUAGUGAAAAGGGCUGAAUGUGGAAUUAAAAAUUCCAUAGAGUUUUAAAAAUAACCUAAGACUCCCAAAAAUGUUGAUAGAAAACAUUUUUCCAGGGAAUUUUAUCAGAAAUGGUAUUUGAUAAACAACAGAACUCCAUGAUCUAAAUCACCUGUGAAUGUGAGUUAGGAUAUUUUGGGUUCAAAGUAAUUUAUUAAAGUCUUAACAAUUGCAGUGGAAUUUUAUAAGCUUUUGUUGUUGUUGGCAUAAUGCAUUUCCAAGCUUUUGAAUGUUUUUAGAAUUCACGGUUAUGUGUGGAAUUAUAUGCAAGGAACCCAGGACACUCCCUACGAAGAACAUCAGCAGUAAGAAAGUGCACUAGAAGGUAAUGGAACAUGUUGGAAGCUGUCUGUUCACCCUUCAUGCGAGGGGAUGUGUUAAAGUCAUUGUUUUCAAGUGUAAAGUUGGUGGGGCUUUUGUAUCUUGUCUAUUUUUCACAGAUGUAGUAGCAUGAUGAGGUUUCUGCAGUGGAUAUGCGUUUGUCCUUAUUGUGUGUGAAGAGAUUGGAAGUGCCAAGUAAGAAAUACAGUAU